UUACAGCCCGGCCCAAGCACGGGAAAGUUGAGGCAGGUCUGAGGGAGCCAGAGAUCAUGUAACGUGAGAUUAUCCUUCUUUUCUUCUCACCCCUACUUCCCUCUCUCUUUUAUCUCCAAGUGGAUGUUGAGGUGCUCCCGGUUCUGGAUAGGCAGAGUCAGUGGCUCCCUGUUCCUUGGUGAUCGGUCACCAGAGAGCAUUAUCUGCACAUUGGACCACUGCUUCCUCCUUGACCCCAAGCUCUAAACGCUUCUGUCCCGGCUGCCACCAGGGCUCACGGGAGCUCUCUGUCCACGGCAAAGAGAUUGCUCCGGCUGAUUUCCUCCUCUCCUCUGUUGCAAAAUUAUCAGAGAACUAAGGCCUGUCGAUUGAGGUGCGAGCACCGAAUAAACACGGUACCUCCUUGGAGAAAAACUAACAAACCACAGUUCACCAAGUGUCCCGGCCUAAGAUCGUUGUGAAAACCCCUUUGGCCUGUAGCAGGAGAGCCGCGGCGGCUUUCACAGGGGGUGACAUCAUGUCACAGAAGCGUGUUCAGCUACUGGUCCUUCACCUGACUCUUGUAGGCUCGGUCCUCUGUGGGAACGUGCUGAUUUGGCCCACUGAGGGAAGCCACUGGCUGAAUAUUAAGAUCAUUCUAGAAGAGCUGAUUCAGAGGAACCACACUGUUACGGUGCUAGUUUCCACAGCUCCCCUCUUCAUCAACUCCAGCGCCGACUCCCCCGUAACUUUCGAGCUGUUCCCGGUGCCCUUUGGCAAGCACGAAAUAGAUUCCGUGAUCCACGAUAUGAUCUCGCUGUGGCUGAGCCACAAGCCCACCUCCCUGACGCUCUGGAGAUUCUACAAGGAGCUGGGAAAACUGUACGAAAGGUUAUUUAAGAUCAAUAUGCAGCUCUGUGACGGAGUCCUUGCCAACCAGCAGUUGCUGGCUAAACUGAGGAGGGGGCGUUUCGACGUGUUAGUGUCGGACCCCGUCACGAUCUGCGGGGACCUGAUUGCUUUGAACUUGGGGAUCCCGUUUCUGUUCACCCUGAGAUUCACCCCGGCCUCAACCGUCGAGAGACACUGCGGGAAAAUCCCUUCUCCCGCCUCCUAUGUGCCGGCGGCUCUGUCAGAACUCACCGACCGCAUGCCCUUCGGGGACAGAGUGAAAAACGUUUUAUCGUACCUUCUGCAAGACUAUAUCUUCCAGUCCUACUGGGGACAGUGGGAUUCCUACUACAGCAAAAUCCUGGGGAGACCGACCACGCUCUGUGAAAUUAUGGGGAAGGCGGAAAUGUGGCUGAUCAGGACCUACUGGGAUUUCGAAUUUCCUCGCCCCUACCUGCCCAACUUCGAGUUUGUCGGAGGUCUCCACUGUCAGCCCGCGAAGCCUCUGCCUGAGGUAACCGUGAUCGGCUUCCACCUUCCCGUCACGGAGAUGGAAGCGUUCGUGCAGAGUUCCGGGGAGCACGGCAUCGUGGUCUUCUCCCUGGGCUCCAUGGUCAAAAACCUGACGGAGGAGAAGGCCAACCUGAUCGCCGCGGCCCUCGCCCAAAUCCCUCAGAAGGUCCUGUGGCGAUACAAAGGAAAGCAGCCAGCCACUCUGGGGCCGAACACUAAGCUCUACGACUGGAUUCCCCAGAACGAUCUCCUCGGACACCCCAAAACCAAGGCCUUCAUCACCCACGGAGGCACCAACGGGAUCUACGAGGCCAUCUACCACGGGGUGCCCAUGGUGGGCAUCCCCAUGUUCGCCGACCAGCCGGACAACAUCGCCCACAUGAAGGCCAAGGGGGCAGCGGCGGAGGUGGACUUCAGCAGCAUGACGACCGACGACUUGCUCGGGGCCCUCGACGCCGUCAUCAACGAGGCUUCCUAUAAGGAGAGCGCCCUGCGUCUGUCCCGGAUCCACCACGACCAGCCCACGAAGCCGCUGGACCGGGCGGUCUUCUGGAUCGAGUUUGUCAUGCGGCACAAGGGAGCGAAGCACCUGAGGCCGGCCUCCCACUCCCUCACCUGGUACCAGUACCACUGCCUGGACGUCGUCGCCUUCCUGCUCGGCUGCGCCGCCCUCGGCCUCUUCGUCGUCGCCAGGUGCUGCCUCUUCUGCUGCGGGAAGCUCGGGAGGACGGGAAGGAAGAGGAAGAGGGAGUGAGACGUCCGAGAGAGGGGCUCUCGGUCCCACGCGCCCCCGCCGCCCGACCGGGACUUGGGCGGGGACGCGACCCGGCCUCCGCCCGGGCAUCUUCCCCGCCGCCCCCCGAUUUCCUCCCCGCUGCCCGCGGAUCCCCGGAGGUCAGGCCGUCCGUAGCCCAGGUUCACCCUCCGCGUCUCCCCCCUCCGCCGUCGGGGAGGCCGGGCAAGCCUUUGCCGCCAGCGUCCGCGUCGCGUGGCCGCCUCCCGCCUCGGAUGCGUUCGCCGCCAGGGACGAGGACGGAGUUCCAGCGGAAGCUCGCCUUCGGCCCUCCGGCCGGGCAAGCCGACCUCCGGAUCCUCGACGUAACGCGGCACGGUCUCGCUUGGCGUUUGAAUCGAUAGCCUUGGUUUAUUCCCCGCCCCCCCCCCCCCCCCCUUAGACCCAUCCGAAGAACCGACGUUGACUCGAGCGGUGGCCGCCCUUGGCGUUUACACGGGGGCGGGGCGGUUCCGGUCUCUCGGUAUUCGAUGCUUUGGCUUUGGGUUGUGGGUGUAAAUCACUUGAGGGGCAAUCGGAUCAAAAUCAAAUAAAAUGUUAAAAAAAAAAA